GUUCUCAGAGGGUGGAUUCCACUGGUCUUACUUCAGUUCCCUUUGCAGGAAGAGCUCAGAAUCACAACAAGGAAACUAAUCCCAAAGAUGAGCCUCGCAUGUCAAAUCUUCCUUCUGAUUUUCGUCUUUUCCAUCCAAGGUGCAGCUCCUGCAAAUGAUGAUAUCGUCUGGGGUACCCUGGGUCAGGACAUCAACCUGGAUAUUCCUGAUUCUCAAAUGAUUAAUAUAGAUGAUAUACACUGGGAAAAAGGCAAAAAGAAGGUGGCGAGGUUCCAAAUUAGCAACAAGCCUAAGAAUCCAGAUGAAAAAUAUAACGUGUCAAUGAAUGGAACUCUGAAAAUUAAACAUCUGAUGCUAGAAGACAGCGAUACCUACAAGGUAGUUAUAUACGAUAAGGAUGGAAAGAAUGCGUUGGAAAAAACAUUUCAGCUGAAGAUUCAAGAGAAGGUCUCAACGCCUAACAUCGACUGGAAUUGUAUCAACAAAACCCUGGUCUGUAAGAUAUCAAAUGGAACAGACCCUGAAUUAAAACUGUACGUAAAUGGGACCAGUAUCAAGCCCGUUUCUUUGAAGUUCAGCACAUAUAGGUUUAUAAACAAGCAGAAGAUAUUAGUCAACUGCACGGCAGAAAACAAAGUCAGCAAGGAAAGCAACGUGAAGAUGAUCACUUGUUCAGAGAAGGGUCUGGACCUGUAUUUCAUUAUUGGUGUUUGUGGAGGAAGCACCAUCUUCGUCAUCUUCAUGGUGCUACUCAUUUUCUACAUCAACAAGAGGAAAAAACAGAACAGUAGGAGGAAUGAUGAAGAGCUGGAGAUAAAAGCAUGCAGAGUAACCACCAAGAAAAGGGGCCCGAAGCCCUGCCAGGUGCCAGGCUCGACUCCUCAAAGUCCCGCUGCGUCCCAGGCUCCUCCACCGCCCAGUCAUCGGCCCCAGGCCCAGGGUCAUCGGCCACCGCCUCCCGGCCACCGGGCCCAGCACAACCAGCAGAGGAAGGCCCCUCCUCCACCAGCCACACAAGUUUAUCAGCAGAAAGGCCCUCCCCUCCCCAGGCCUCGAGUUCAACCCAAAGCUCCCCGUGGGGCCACAGGAAACUCAUAACUCUGUCUCCUGACGUGGGUGUCCCCUUCCUCUAAUUAAAAGCGAUAGAAAUCGUCCUUUCCCAUAAAGGCACCGUGGAAUUUCUCCGCUGGGAGGGGGAGCACCUACACUUCCAUCAGGCGUGUUCUGCGGUAGGAUGACCACCCCUGGGCUUGCGGGCCAUGCCGUGUCGGCAUCUCCUAGCUCACCUGCAUGUUCUAACACCUGGAGCCGCUGCUCCUUGUCACGCCCAGAAGGGCUGGCAAUACAAGUGCCACCAUCGGGAGGAUGGGCCACCGACCACCAAGUCCUCGCCUCCCCUUCAGAUCCCGUGCAGACGUGAGGCGUCCUGCAGCACCGGGACCUCGCUGCAAGCCGUCUGCCUGCUCACGACGCCCUUGGGUUUCUUAUGUAUCUGGUGGACGCUUGCCCACCAUCUUGGACGUAGAAGGGAAAUAAAAGCUUUCAUUUGA